GUUCGGGUCGGCGAGUUCGGGCGUGAAAGCCGUUGGGCGCGGGGCCGCCGCCGUCUCUGGCCAAGCGUGCGACACCGCUCUUCCCACGGCCCCGGAAAAUUCGCGGCCGCCGACCGGAAGAGGGGGUCCGAAGCGCGACGCCGGCCAUCCGAGCCGACCAUGGGCGCGCCUUGAAGCGAGGGCUCCCCGGCUGUUGCGGUAGCGGCUCGCCUCCCGCCGUCGUCGACGUCGUCUGCUACGCCCCCACUGUUGUACGCCAGAGGGUGGCCACAUCACUGCCUCCGUCGCAUUCUUCGCGAAGUUUCGUACCACACACCGCCGCUCUGUGGCUUCCGGUGACGCGGGCCUUGAGCCCGCCGGUGCGGCUGUCCACCGUGGAGCUGCAGCCGCUGGUUCGGGGAGCGCUGUCCGCCGCUGGGGACCACAUGCCCCACAAGGGACACAGCGGCGUCAACCAGCUCGGGGGCGUGUAUGUCAACGGGCGGCCUCUGCCGGACUCGACGCGACAGAAGAUCGUCGAGCUGGCGCACUCCGGGGCCCGGCCGUGCGACAUCUCGCGCAUCCUGCAGGUCUCCAACGGAUGCGUCUCCAAGAUACUCGGAAGGUACUACGAGACGGGCUCGAUCCGUCCCCGGGCCAUCGGGGGCAGCAAGCCUCGCGUGGCCACUCCUCCCGUGGUGGGCAAGAUCGCCGAGUACAAGCGCGAAUGCCCGUCCAUCUUCGCCUGGGAGAUACGAGACCGGCUCCUCUCCGAAGGGGUCUGCAACAACGACAACAUACCCAGCGUGUCGUCCAUCAACCGGGUCCUGCGAAACCUCGCCGCCCAGAAGGAGCAGCAGCAGCACCACCAGCACCAGCAGCACCAGACGCAGCACCACCACCACCAGGCUGCCGCGGCGGCGGCAGCGGCGGCCGCCGCGGCCGCGGCCGUGCACGGGGGCGGAUGCCCGGAGUCCGUGUACGACAAGCUGCGCAUGCUCAACGGCCAGCCCUGGCCCUGGUACCCAGCGAGCGCCGCGCCGCCGCCGCCCCUGACCGCGGCCGCGGGGGGCCCGGCCCUGGCACCGCCGAGUCCCCUGGCGGGGGCGCUGACGCCGUCGGCGCUGGCGGCGGCCGCCAGCCCCACGGCGCACGACGCCAAGAAGGAAGGCGGCGACGGUGGCACCUCUGACGGCAACUCGGAGAACAGCUCGUCGUGCGACGAGGACUCGCAGAUGCGGCUGCGGCUGAAGCGCAAGCUGCAGCGGAACCGGACAUCCUUCACCAACGAGCAGAUCGAGGCGCUCGAGAAAGAGUUCGAGCGCACCCACUACCCGGACGUGUUCGCCCGGGAGAGGCUGGCCGAGAAGAUCGCGCUUCCCGAGGCGCGAAUCCAGGUCUGGUUUUCCAAUCGGCGGGCCAAGUGGCGGCGCGAGGAGAAGCUGCGCAGCCAGCGACGCGCCGCGGAGUCAAGCGCUGCCGCCGCUGCCGCCGUCGGAGGGGGACCAGUGCACGGAAGGCUCGCCGGUCCGCUGGCCGGAUAUCCGGGUCUGAGCCAGCCCAUGGCUGCCGCCAUGCAGGACUCCUACAGCCCAAUGGCCGCCGGCAUGGGUUCGGGUCCAUGCCUGCAGCAACAACACCGGGAUGCGGCCUCGUACUCGUACAUGCUGCACGACACCCUUGGCCUAGGCGCCUACUCCAGGGCCUCGGCCAACCCCGCCAGCCAAGGAAGCAUCGCGGGCGGACACCCCGCCGCGUACGCAGUCAGCGGUGCCAGUCCCCAUGGUGCUGCAGGUGUCAUCUCUCCUGGCGUGACGGUGCCCGUGCAAGUCCCAGGUCAAACAACUGAUCUCUCGGUGCCGUCCAACUACUGGCCCCGACUACAGUGACAAUGGCCCAUGGUUGGGUACCCGACCGACCUGAGCCUCGCCAAGGGCAGCAGGUCGUACGCCAACCUCCAGGACCACUUCCCGGCCACAUGCGCCAACAAGGACUAGUCGCGCUCCAUGCGCCCACGAAGAAGCUCUGCUUUACUCUUCUAGUCCGCACGGAUCCCGGCCAGCGCACAGCAGGACUCUGAUGAAUGGUGCAGCAAAAGUGCGUGCCCCUUCUUGCAGGGGUGUGAAGCAGUGGUCACAUUUUGUGAAAGUGCGUGCAGUUGCUCAAAUGGCAGCGCCCUGUAUAUGUAUCAGCUCGCUGACCUGCGGCCAACCGUGUAUGCAAAUCGCAGUGGGUUGAGAACAGUGGUGCAUAGAUUCUUACGCUAAAGCCAAGUGUUCCAAGGUAGCACUUCAGAAUUUGUGAGUACUGUUGGCUCCAACACUAAAUGUUGGAAAGUUUCUCAAUGCCGCAAUAUAUGGCCGCCUUGCUGUCACCAUGACAGGCCUCCUGAAAUGUUAACUAAGCAGCAUAAUCCGCUGAAUGAUUCUACAUUUUUCAGCCAGCCUUCCCUGAUAUACAUUGUAGCAAAAUUCAUGGUUUGUUGCAGCAUACACAUGACAAGAGUGCGGCACGAAAAUGUAGCGAAAGAGCAUGCACUUGGUCAAAGUGGGACUUGACGCUGAAAAUGCCUUCAAACAAAAGUAACUGCACAACUCGUCACAAAGCAACUCUGCUGCUUUCACUUCCUGUAAUCAUCGCUGCGUGUCAUGAACACUCUAAACACGUGUGCCUCGACCGCCGAUUGUCGCAACCGUGGUGGACGACGAGACCAUUUGAUGCUGGCAAGAGCCACCAAGGUUGCUAGUGAAUAUAAGGACCUUCGUUCUAGUCGACCACACUUGUGAGCACCCCCGUUUUUUGUUGUUCUUAACAUGUCACUUGACCUUUCCAUCCUCUACUUUCCAAAUGAGCUGUUUCAAGUGUUGUCAAUGUCGUCAUCGCAAUCAAGCCACAGCUCUUCUCCUAAAGCCUCAAAUUUUUGACCACAAGUUUCUUGGGCAGUGCAAAUACAAUCCAGCUGACACUAACCUGUGCAUACGUGACACUUUGUUGGUGGUGCAAAUGCAGUCCAGCUGACAAUACGUGUGCUCUCUUAGGUGGGUGACUGAACUACUCACUACACUGCCCUCGUCAUCCAAUGUGACACUACAGUGACGUUUGUGUUUGUUUUUGUUCACAUUUUAAAGAUGUGCAGUUGUGGCGUUUUCUUGUCUCUGUUCCCUCACGUGUACCUCGAAUGCUGAAAGCACUCUGUCAACAAGACCUGGCCCUAGACUGCAACAUUCAUUUGCACGCCAUGUCGGCAGCUUGUUCUUUCGUGUCAUCUGUGUGGACCUUUGAAAGCAAUGUUUUUGGAGAGCUUGUACAGAACUGUACUGAAAAACAGAACAGGCGCACACUUUAGAAAUGUCAAGAGGCAUACUUUUAAUAUAGCUCAUCCCAAAGAGUUUCGGUAAAGACAAGAAAAAGAAUAAAAGAAAAUGGUGAACGUCCAGUU